AUGUCUUCGGCGGACGACUUCGACCCAGAGUCCCAGCGCAGAACCUACCAGGCCCCUCACUCUGCGCGCCAUCCUAUUCCUACCAUCCAGAAAUACAGAGCCGAGCGGAGCGAGUUGAACAACCAGCAGCAACAAGCCGAACAGGCCCAGCAUGACGAGACCGAUGACUCGACCGUCAAAAGAGCAUACCAUGCCGCCAAGGGUAUUUUGAAGGGCGAGGAGGAAGGGCCCAAAUCGAGCCACGAUCCCUACAGGUCUCAAAAUCGGAACAUCCAGACCCCCGGACAGCAGCCACGUGGAAGAGACGGGCAGGAAGAAGAGCAGGGUCGUCGAGAAGAAGAGGACCGACAACCGCAACAACAAGAAAAAGACCGGGAUGCAGGGGACACCAAGACAGACCAACCAGGUCAAUCGGCUACCGAGGCCGUCGCGGGCCACCAUGACCCUCGCCAAAAGAGAAAGGACAUGAAACACAAGAAGCGCAGUGAUGGCGGUAGAGAAGUGACAGACCCCGUGACUCACUUGCCCAUCAUCAUUCGAGACUCGACACGCAAGGAUCUCAAGGCCGCCGAGGAGAACAUCCCCGCCACAGGAACCAAUUUUCGAACCAAAACGGGAGUCGAUGGCAUGAAGAAAUCGGGCCAAGAACUUGACAAGGAGCGCGCCGAGGUCCAGGAUAGCCUGGACGGUAUGCAAAAGUUGUUCCCGCCUCCGAAGUUUGAUGACUUGAAGAAUGAGCUGGCCAGGACAUAUGAGCGUGCCAUCACGAUAGGCCUUGUGAGCGUUCUGGGGCUACUGUCACUGGGCGAGGUCGUUAGCCGAGUCUUCGGUGUGAGUCUUUACGAAAAGGGGUCAUCUUUGCAGUCGAGGCUUCUUGGUGCUGCGGUCGCCAUCUUCAUACCAGGCGUCAUCGCGGCCGUCGUGAUACUGCAGAUCAGGGACUGGCUCGGGAAAAAGGUGGAAGCAAUCUGCAAGGACGAGGUCUGGGAUGCCGCACGCCAGGAAGAACUUCACACCACUCAGGCUGAAGAUGCCAUCCCAGAAUCGGUCGCCUGGUUGAACAACCUCUUGUCCGCUGUGUGGCCCCUUGUCAAUCCAGACCUGUUCACUUCCAUUUCUGACAUGUUGGAGGAUGUCAUGCAGGCAUCUCUUCCGAAGGUGGUGCGGAUGGUCAGCGUCGAUGAUUUGGGCCAAGGCAGUGAAGCCUUUCGCAUUCUAGGAAUCAAUUGGUUACCCACAGGCGCCGCGAGUCAAUCUGUUGGCGCAGAUGGGAAACUCAGGGAAGCUGGAGACGGAAGCGAAAAUGAUCGGACAGCGUCCGGGGAGGGAGAAGUUGAGAGUAGCGCUGGCGGCGAGGAUCAGAGCAAGUCGGAGGACAGUCACCAAAACAACCAGCAAAAGGAGCAGGAUGAGCAGGCCAUCCGGGAGGGCAUGGAGGCUGAACAGGGCGACUUUGUCAACAUGGAGCUCGCGUUCGCCUAUCGAGCCCGAUCUUCCGGCAAGUCUCUGCAAGCAAAAGCAAAGAACGCCCAUCUCUACCUCAAAUUCUACCUGCCAGGAGGUAUCGCCGUCCCCGUUUGGGUAGAGCUGCGCGGGAUCAUUGGCACAAUGCGUCUUCGUCUACAGCUCACUCCUGAUCCUCCGUUCUUCAGCCUCUGCACUUUGACGUUCAUGGGACAGCCGCAGGCGGAUCUGUCCUGUGUGCCGUUAUCGCGCCACGCACUCAACCUGAUGGAUGUGCCUCUCAUUUCGUCGUUUGUCCAGUCCUCGAUCGACGCGGCGCUGGCCGAGUAUGUGGCGCCCAAGAGUCUGACGCUUGACCUGAAAGACAUGCUCGUGGGUGACGAUUUCAAGAAGGACACGGUCACUAGGGGAGUCGUCCUGAUCUUCAUCGAGUCUGCCAAGGGUUUCAAGCAAGGUGAUGGAGGCAUCGGUCCGAUGGAUGGGUCGAGCGACGCAUACAUGACCGUUUCUUGGGGCAAGUUUGGCAAGCCUGUUGCCUCGACGAGGAUCAUUGUCGACGAUCAAGCACCGAACUGGUCGGAGUGGUCGCAUAUUCUGGUCACGCCUGAAGAGCUCAAUGCAGAUGAGAAGCUUCGACUUCAGCUCUGGGAUUCGGACAAAUAUACCGCAGACGAUGACCUUGGUCGCGUAGAGGUGGAUCUUCGUGAACUCAUGCAUAGCGAAAAGACGAAGAACAGAAUGUGUGAGCGUGAAGAUCGCUUCGUGGGUGAAGAGCCCGAAGAAAAGAUGCCAGGUACCCUCAAGUGGCGAGUGGGUUAUUUCACCAAAACCAAAAUCACAGAAGAGCAACUCGCCAAACAGACUGCGGAUCCAAAUGUCCGCACGAUAGAGGAAUUGAGGAAGCAAGUGGGCGAGACGGCAGAGCGAAAGCUGCGAGAGGCCACGGCGCAUGACGAGAGCAAGGAAAUUAAACAGCAGAAAGAAGAGGAUUACAAGGAACGUGAAGACGCCUUGAUCAUCUCCAGUCCUCCACCGGACGACUAUGUCAGCGGGAUAUUCAGCAUUCAAAUCCACAACAUCACCGGAUUGGAGGUGGAGUCCUUGCAGAAGCGAGAGAAGAACACGGGCAACGAUAACCGCGAAGACGAGGCCGAGCAGAAUGACGACCUGCCCAGUAGCUACGCGACCAUUAUCCUCAACCAUCAGAAGAUCUAUCGCACGAGAACCAAGCCGAAGAAUGCGAAGCCAUUUUUCAAUGCUGGCACGGAACGAUUCGUCCCCGACUGGAAGGCCGCAGAAGUCAUGAUUUCUGUCCGCGAUGAUCGUGAACGCGAAGACGAUGCCCUGCUCGGGAUAGUCUACCUCCCUUUGCGGAGGGUCUUUAAGGAAAGGAGCCAAGUCAUGCAGACUUAUCCUCUUGUUGGUGGUAUAGGGUACGGUCGUGCACGCAUCAGCAUGGUUUGGCGCAGUGUGGAAUUGAAACUGCCGAAAGAAUUGCUCGGCUGGAAUUUUGGGACCCUGGAGGUCAAAUGCCCCGUCAGAGCAAAGGGGGGGAAAGAGAACACGACGGAAGGCAGAUCAUUCACCCAGCAACGCAUAAAGCUGAGAACCAACAUGAUGAGAGCCAAGAUGUACCCCACCGGCUCGGGUGACGAUGGCGAAUGGACACCCAAAGGCGACAAAGAGUCUGUCUUCCUUGCUGUGCGCAAACGCUAUUCGAGCGCGUUGAUCAUCGAAUGCCGCAAAUCUCGCCUUGGCCCUGACUCCACUCCUGCUUUGGGGGUCUUUUGGCUCAAGGACAUCCCAGACGAGGAAGAGAAAACCAUUGUAGUCAAGCUUUGGAAGGGCAGCAAAGAGGCCGCGCAUCGCGCUACCACGAGUUACGGGUAUUCCGGGUUGGAAGAAAACGAGCAACCGCUCGGCGAGUUGGAGCUCACGGUCAAAUUCUGGAGAGGGCUCAGCGGGUAUCACAAGAGCUACGCGAAGAAAGCUCGCAAUGCGGAUUUGAGGCAGGUGAUGGAGGUGUUGGACACGGCGAAUGAUGAAGGACAGGUCGAUCAGUACGAAGACGAAUAUAAAGGAGAAGGAGAAAUCGACGGCGACGAGGACGGUGAUAGCACAGACGACGACAACAAAAACGAGUCGUCAAGCAAAAAGGACAAAUCUCGCCGCAAGCUCCGCACACACGCCAACGACGACUCAUCCGCCUCGGACUCGGACUCCGGCACGGCGUCCUCAACGUCCAAGAAUCCACUUCUCAACGGGCCCGCACGCCUGGUAUCGAAGCCCCUCGGGGCUGUGGGCUCCACGGCCGCCAAGGUUCUGGACGUCGACGGCCACAAUGACCCGGACGACGGGUCUCGCGGCGUAAGGGCGCAGGUGCGCGAUUACAAGGACCAUCACCGCGAGUUGCAUAGGAAGCACAGAGGGAUUAUGCAGUGGAGGGGAGCGAGGACGGUGGACUGGAUGGUCGGCAAGGUCAAAAGGAUGGAGGGGGGUGUGGAGAGGGUUUUUGAGAGGGAUAAAGAUGGGCGUGGUGGUGAUGGUGUUGAGACUGAGGUGUGA